AUGUUUAGAUACCGAUUAUUUACUCUUAUGAAAACUGCUUGCCAAGUUCACCGUAGAAUUAUUGUCCCAAAAAUUCGAAAUUAUACCCCAGUGACUUUGGGACUGUUAACUACAGCUUAUUGUAACGAUAAGCAAAAGGAACUGGAAGUUAUGUGGGAUGCAGAUAGUCUGGAACAUGACUUUUUAAUUCGCCAAGCUACGACUAUCAAUGUUAAUGCGGCUACGCAACUUCUUACUGUUACAUUAGUCGCUAUCCAAGAUACAAGUGAAAGACUGCGUGAAGCGCUGACAAGGGAGAUCUGUUUGGUAAAACAAGCCCUAGAGUGGGGUGAAGAUGGCACUCCACCUCAUCAUUGGGACCAACUAGUGGCUGUCAGAGGGUCACUGUGUGAUUUGAGGCAUAAUCUCCACACUUUGUUUAGUUAUAUGGAUUAUGCAGAAAAGUUAGCAACAGUAGCUGCAGAGAUAUCUUAUUUAUCAGGAAACAUUGUCGCUUCAGAUGCCAUUUGUGAAAGAAUCGAUCAUGCAUGCAGGUCGUGCAACAUGCAGAAACAGCUGACGCAUGAACUGCAGCAGGAAAGUCUGGAACUGCAGCAACAAGCCAUCCUCAGUGCUCCUCAGCUGGAGGAGAAGUUGAAACAUGAAGUUACAAGUCCAAAAAGCAAAUUAAAGACUUAA